AGUAUCUCCAGGUUCUUCGGGAGGAGAUCUUGGUGCGCUCGCAAGCAGGCCACGUAGAAGCAGAGCAAGCCAACGGUUCUUGGUCGCGGCCAUGAUGGCUUCCUUGCUUUCUCUGAGUGCUUCACGACCACCCACCUUGCAAGGUCGAACAAUACUGUUGAAUACAUAGAGAGAAAGCCAGUUGCGCUUUUGUGAAGAGAGAUCAGUUCAGAAGCUACGUGACCACAACACACUUUCGACUCUCAGGUUCUGACUCACUUUUACCGACUCUGAAAUCCGACAACAGAAAGACAAGCCUAGUAUCUUAUUGCGCUGCUAGAUCCCAGAAACCUGCAAGCACACUGCGCCUGACACUGGGAAGCGACCCGCGCCUUGUCUUCUUGCUCUGCCCUUCUGUCUUCAUUUAGCCUGAAGAGAUCUAUCGGUCUUGGUUUAGAUCUGUAAAUGGCUUCGAGCGCUGCUUCUACGUCUGGCCGGUGCCUCUUUGGGGUGCAGGCAUCCAUGGGAAACUCAGGCCGGAUGGACUCAAACACGCAGGCCUCGUGCAGUCCUCGCCCUGCACUUCUACGGCAGACGCAGGCGGUUUCAGGAGCAUGGGAGAGCUCCUUCAGGGGGAAUGGUGUCAGCAGCAUGAGCCCUGUGGUGCAAAGCCGCAGUGGUAACAAGAGAGAGAUCACAAUGGGAAACAAGAACGAAGGGAAGGGUAUUUUUGCUCCCAUCGUAAAGGUGACCAGGAAUGUUGUGGGUGUGAAGGAAUUCAACCAGUUGAGGGGGAAGGGCAUUGCGCUGCACUCACAGGUCAUCACUGAGUUCUGCAAAACCAUUGGUGCGGAUGCGAAGCAACGGCAAGGGCUUAUCAGAUUAGCCAAGAAGAAUGGGGAGAAGCUCGGAUUCUUGGCAUAACCUUUUAGCAUCUGCCCUGGCAGUGCGCUGCCAUCACUGAAAAAUACUGUAACUUCUUGAAAGUUUGCUCCAGGAGCAUGACAGGUUGCAUCCAUCCUGUUAUUAAUCAUAUGUGAUAUUGAUCAAGGCACAUUGCCCAAAACAUUGAAACAUGCAGCAUAACUUAGCCAGCAGGUAGUGUGUAAGCAUGUCUGGACUCAAAGGUGUAAACACGCAUUUUGUAAGCCUUGGUAGAAAGGUCCUGUUCAUGGAGUGUAGACAGAAGCACUCUGCGUCAGACUCUUGACAGAAGCACUUCAGGUGAAUCUCUUGUUUCCGCAAGGCUGUGUCACAUUUCUAUCUGAUUCAUGAAGCAACA